CGAGUAUCAAGAGCGUGCGAUCAAUGCCGCAACGCUCGCGAGAAGUGUGAUGCAAACCAGCCCAACUGCUCUCCCUGUUUGGAGGCUAGGCGCAUUUGUACCUAUACAUCAAAUCCUAAGAAACGAGGACUACAACCUGGGUACAUACGCACCCUU